AUGGAUUCUAACAUAACUCUCGAGGACUUCUUGGGGCUCAAUGCCGCCUACUUCGAGUGGGCAGACAGUUAUGACGCUAAGGACUGGGAGCGCCUGUCCAAAAUCAUCGCACCAGAACUGAGAAUCGACUACACCUCGUUCCUCAACAAAUGCUGGCCCGCCAUGCCGGCCUCAGACUUCGUUGCCAUGGUCUCCUCCCCAACCGUGCUCGGUGACCCAACCCUCAAAACCCAGCAUUUCUGCGGCGGCUCGAAAUGGGAGAUGGUCUCGCCUACCGAAGUCAUUGGCUUCCAUCAGCUCCGAGUCCCGCACCAAAAGUAUACGGAUGAGACGCUGACGACCGUAGCGGUCAAGGGUCACGCACACAGCACCAAUAAGCAUUGGUACAAGAAGAUAGAUGGGGUGUGGAAGUUUGCCGGAUUAUCACCUGAAAUCAGGUGGUUCGAGUACGACUUCGAUAAGAUCUUCGCGAGUGGGCGGGAGAAUUUUGGUGCCACUGAGGAUAUCAUGGAGAAGGAGAAGAUCGAUGUUACUGUUGAGGCAUCAAUGGGCAUCCCUGCUGCGGCUUGA